AUGGCGGGAGAAGCGGGUCCGGCGAGAUGGAGGUGGGCGGCGGCGCUCGGUGCCGUCUCCGUGCUGCUCCUCGUUGGAGUCCUCGCGGGCGGCGGCGGCAGCGCGUUCUCCGGCGUUCGGCUCAGGGCCGGUAGUACCUCCGCGGCGACGACGGUGACGAGGGCGGCGAGCGGCGCGAGGCGGUGGCUGCGGGACUCGACGUCACGGCUGGCUUCGACGGCGACACCGGCGAGGAGCGACGUCGCCGACGAAGACGCCGACGUGCCGACGGUGGCCGGCGCUGUGCGUGAUCCGGAAACGGUGGUCUCGCAGGUGCACAUGUCGAUCAGGAACAGCACAGCCCGGAGGAACCUGGGGGGCUACCUGUCGUGCGGGACGGGGAACCCGAUCGACGACUGCUGGCGCUGCGACCCCGACUGGCACAACAACCGGCAGCGCCUCGCCGACUGUGGCAUUGGCUUCGGCCGCAAUGCCAUUGGCGGUCGUGAUGGCAAGAUCUACGUGGUCACUGACUCUGGUGACGACGACCCUGUGACCCCGAAGAAGGGAACUCUCCGCUACGCUGUCAUCCAGGACGAGCCGCUGUGGAUCAUCUUCAGGCGCGACAUGGUCAUCACCCUCAAGCAGGAGCUCAUCAUGAACAGCUUCAAGACCAUCGAUGGACGGGGUGCCAACGUGCACAUCGCCAACGGCGCCUGCCUCACCAUCCAGUACGUCACCAACGUCAUCAUCCACGGCUUGCACAUCCACGACUGCAGGCCCACUGGCAACGCCAUGGUGCGCAGCUCGCCGAGCCACUACGGGUGGCGCACCAUGGCCGACGGCGACGCUGUGUCUAUCUUCGGGUCCAGCCAUGUCUGGGUCGACCACUGCUCCCUCUCCAACUGCGCCGACGGUCUCGUCGACGCCAUCAUGGGAUCCACUGCAAUCACUGUGUCCAACAACUACUUCACCCACCACAAUGAGGUGAUGCUCCUGGGUCACAGUGACUCCUAUCUAAAGGACAAGGCAAUGCAGGUCACAAUAGCUUUCAACCAUUUUGGAGAGGGACUCAUUCAGAGAAUGCCAAGGUGCAGGCAUGGUUACUUCCAUGUGGUGAACAAUGACUACACCCACUGGGAGAUGUACGCCAUCGGAGGGAGUGCUGAGCCGACCAUCAACAGCCAGGGAAACCGCUACCUGGCGCCAACCAACCCUUUUGCCAAGGAGGUGACAAAGAGGGUUGAAACUGCUCAGACCACCUGGAAUGGCUGGAACUGGAGGUCGGAGGGCGACCUCCUGCUGAAUGGUGCCUUCUUCACCCCGUCGGGAGCUGGCGCCUCGGCCAGCUACUCGCGUGCCUCCAGCCUUGGCGCCAAGUCCUCGUCCAUGGUAGGAACCAUCACCUCCGGUGCAGGCGUCCUCUCGUGCCACAAGGGCUCCUCCUGCUAGCACGCGGCGAGAACAGAUCCAUCCGCCACUCCUACGACAGAAAAGAAAACACCCAAGAUAUAGAAGCUAAAGCUACCGGUCAUGC